AUGUCGUCGCAGCCGGUGCUACUGGAGGAGCUCGUCGAGGAUAUCUUCCUCCGCCUUCCCCCGGAGGAGCCAAAGCACCUCGUUCGCGCCUCCUCCAUCUGCAAGCCAUGGCGCCGCAUCCUCGCCGACCGUGGAUUCCGCUGCCGCUACCGCGAGUUCCAUCGGACACCUCCCGUUCUGGGAUUCCUCCAGGACAUCCAAGGACUUAGGUAUGACUUCUCCCGGUUCAUCCCAACCUCCUCCUUCCGUCCCGCCCAACCCCCCAGUCCACGUGGUUGGUACGUGCUCGAUGCCCACCAUGGCCGCGGCCUCUUCUUCACCUCCAGCUCAAACUGCGACGCCGGGGAUUUUGGCCUCAGUGUCUGGGACCCAACGACGGACAAGCAACACUGUUUGCCUAUGCCCUUCUCGCUGGAGGACUGA